AAAUCAGAGAAUGUAACUGGUUUUUGAAAGUUUACAUUUUAGGUGUUGUGUUCAGAUGGGUUCUUUAGAACGUUAAAAAAAAAAAACAGUCAAGCUUAAAUGGUUUAACUCUGCUUUCUUAACAUGGGAUUAAAUGUCUUGUUAACAGAAAGGCUGCAAACCGCCUUCCACUGAGCUUUCUCCAGCUCCCCACCCCACCCCCACUUGAUGUUGAGACUGGUGUGAAAGAUGCAUCCUUUUACUUUGAAGUAAACUUAUAAUUCAGGAAGUGAGCUCGAAAAUAUCAGCGCUCCGGAGCUCUUGCUUAUUUUGUGGAGAAUGCUUGAUGAGAACGGGGGCGGGAGCAGGAAGGUAAAGCCAAGCAGCUUGUGGGCUGUAUUUGAAGUUCACAAAAGAAUGGCAGUGGCAGGGCGUCGCUGGGCGAAGUGUGCAUUUUCAAGUUACCCACAGUGGUGCCUAUUGUCCUGUUUCUCAAUCGAAUGAUGUCAUGUUUCAUUUCAGGCUCUCAGGGAUGCAGAAGGCUGUGGUCUGCACACUAGGGGGAAAGGCAGAGGGAAAGUUGCAAAUCAGGUUUUUGUGAAGCCUUUGUGUGUUGGGUUUUGAGAGAUAAAAGCUGACUCAUGCAAUAUUUCUACGGAAGGAGCUGCACAGACUAGUCAGGCUGCUGGUUUUACCUGCCUGUGAGGUCACUGCAUCAGCUGAAGGCAGGCGAUGUGGCUCAGCCCCGGGAGAGCGCAGAUGCGCACCCCUUGCGGCCUCAAGUGCCCGCAGCUGUAGCAGCCGCGCCAGCCCCCGGCCCCGCAGCCCGGCCGCCCCGCGGGCAGGAGCGCAGGGCCAUGGAGCUCUCCGACAGCGACCGCCCCGUCAGCUUCGGCUCCACGUCGUCCUCGGCCUCCUCCCGGGACAGCCACGGGUCCUUCGGCAGCAGAAUGACCUUGGUUUCCAACAGCCACUUGGGCAUGUUUCACCAGGAUAAGGAAGCGGGGGCCAUCAGGCUGGAGCUGGUUCCCGCCAGGCCGCUGUCCAGCAGCGAGGCGCAGGGCGAGGGCCCGGCUGGGCAGCGCGCCGAGGACCAGGCCGGCGACAGGCCGCCCCGGGCGCCGCGGAGGAUGGACGCGCACGGGGCCCCCAAAGCCAGCGCAGACUCGGCCGCCAGCCCCAAGCUCCUCUAUGUGGAUAGAGUUGUCCAGGAAAUUCUGGAGACUGAAAGGACUUACGUGCAAGAUUUAAAAAGCAUCGUCGAGGAUUAUCUUGACUGCAUACGGGACCAAGCAAAACUUCCUCUGGGGACGGAAGAAAGUUCAGCCCUUUUUGGAAACAUAGAGGAUAUCUACCACUUCAAUAGUGAACUUCUGCAAGAUUUGGAAAACUGUGAAAAUGAUCCUGUGGCCAUAGCAGAAUGUUUCGUGUCCAAGAGUGAAGCCUUCCAUAUCUAUACCCAGUACUGCACCAACUACCCCAGGUCGGUGGCUGUGCUCACGGAGUGCAUGAGGAACAAGGUGCUGGCCAAGUUCUUCAGGGAACGACAGGAAACUCUGAAACACUCCCUGCCUCUGGGGUCCUAUCUCCUGAAGCCAGUUCAGCGGAUUCUCAAGUAUCAUCUCCUUCUGCAUGAAAUAGAAAAUCACCUUGACAAGGACACAGAAGGCUAUGACGUGGUGCUGGACGCAAUAGACACCAUGCAGCGAGUGGCCUGGCACAUAAAUGACAUGAAGCGGAAACAUGAGCAUGCAGUCCGAUUACAGGAGAUACAGAGUUUGCUCACUAAUUGGAAGGGGCCAGACCUGACCAGCUAUGGAGAACUGGUACUCGAGGGUACCUUCCGCAUCCAGCGUGCCAAGAAUGAGCGGACACUCUUCCUCUUUGACAAGCUGCUUCUCAUCACGAAGAAGAGAGAUGACACGUUUACAUACAAAGCUCACAUCCUGUGUGGCAACCUCAUGCUUGUGGAAGUGAUCCCCAAGGAGCCUCUCAGCUUCAGUGUCUUCCACUAUAAGAACCCCAAGCUGCAGCACACAGUUCAGGCUAAAUCCCAGCAAGACAAACGCCUGUGGGUUCUGCACCUGAAGAGACUGAUCCUGGAGAAUCACGCAGCAAAGAUUCCAGCCAAGGCCAAGCAAGCAAUACUUGAAAUGGAUGCCAUUCAUCACCCAGGCUUCUGCUACAGUCCCGAGGGAGAGACCAAAGCAUUCUGUGCUGCCAAAGAUGGUUCUGCUCCAUAUCGGCUGAGAAGAAAAUCCGAACCUUCCUCAAGAUCACAUAAAAUUUUGAAGACCAGUGAAACAGUACAAGACAUCCAAAAGGUUUCCCGGGAGGAAGGAUCUCCCCAUCUGACUCCAGCAGGGCCGUCUCCCGCCCAGAGGAAUAGUCAGCCGAGCAGUUCUGCCAUCAUCAGCGUGCUUCGCGGGGGCGGGGCCGCCAGGAACAUCUGGACUGACCACCAGAUCCGGCAAGCCUUGUUCCCCAGCCGGCGCUCCCCGCAGGAGAACUUGGAUGAUGAUGACGACUACCAGAUGUUCAUGCCAUCCUUCUCCUCUUCGGACUUGAACUCCACCAGGCUGUGCGAAGAGAGCACCUCCAGUCGGCCCUGCAGCUGGCAUAUGGGCCAGAUCGAGUCCACAGAGACCCCCGGCCCAGGCCACAGGGUUGUUCGGCGGGCCAGCAGCGCUGGCGAGAGCAACACGUGUGCCCCUGAGGUCAGAAUCAGGGACGCUGAUGGCUCCCAGUACAGCCCCCAAAGGACACUGCACAGUGACCCCAAAACCGAAGGGCAGAAUGGAAUGACUCCCUUUGGGUCCUCCAUCGAGUUGACUAUUGAUGACAUAGACCAUGUCUAUGAUAAUAUAAGUUAUGAGGACUUAAAACUAAUGGUUGCUAAACGAGAGGCAGCUGAAUCCAUUCCCCUCAAGUCCACCAGGGAGUCUGUUCGCCCCAAGAGCACCCCGGAAUUAGUCUUCUCUAAGAGGCAGCUUGGCUACGAUAAGAGCUCUCUGUACCCCAAAAGAGAUGGAACUCUAACAGGUCAAGAGGCAUCAAACCAAAGCACACAUGAACUUGAGGUGGUGGAAGAAAACAUCUAUGACACCAUCGGGCUCCCAGAGGCCCCCUCCCUGGGCGGCCAGAGCAGCAGCCUGAAGCGGCCCAAGAGGAGCACCUUCCUCGGCCUGGAGGCCGACUUUGCCUGCUGCGACAGCCUCAGGCCCUUCGUCUCCCAGGACAGCCUCCAGUUCAGUGAGGACGAAACGCCUCACCACCAGGCAGCCACUGAGAACGAGUAUUUGAGUUUGCUGUACAACUCCCCCAGCUGCAACUUGUCAAUGGCGGACAAAUCAGUAUCUGACAAACUCUCCGAGGAAGUGGACGAAAUCUGGAAUGACUUGGAGAAUUACAUCAAGAAGAAUGAAGACAAGGCCAGAGAGCGGCUCCUCGCGGCAUUUCCAGUCAGCCAAGAUGACAUGCAGAGCCGGCUGCACCCCGCCAGCAUGCCCAAGCUGAGCAGGGACACAGCCCAUGCCCUGUCCACCCUCUCGCUGCCCGAGAGCCCGGCCUUCCUCACACCGCCGACAAACAGGCCCGGCAGAGCUAGCAGGUCUCCUUGCCCCUUCAAAGAAGACCUGAUUUCUAAGGAAGACUCCUUCAUGAGUCUUCACCAGCUCUCUCUGGCCAGUGAAAUGCCUCCCAUGGAGAAUCCCUAUGACCUGGCCAACAGCAGCCUGUCCCAAACAGACCUGGAAAACCCUGACCCUGGGAUGGAUGCCUCAGAUAAGACCAAGAGCAGGGUCUUUAUGAUGGCCAGGCAGUACAGUCAGAAGAUCAAGAAGGCCAAUCAGCUUCUGAAAGUGAAAAGCCCAGAGCUGGAACAGCCACCGGCCUCCCAGCAACACAAAUCCAUGCACAAAGACCUGGCGGCCAUCUUAGAAGAAAAGAAGCAAGGAGGGCCCGCUAUCGGUGCCAGGAUUGCCGAGUAUUCCCAACUGUAUGACCAGAUUGUGUUCAGAGAGACUCCCUUUAAAACGCCGAAGGAUGACUGGGCCAUCUCUCAGGAACCUUCCAUCCUCAGGUCUUCCUCACCCUCCCAGACCCAGCGUGGUAGCGAGGACUGGCUUUUGCAUUCAACCUACAGUAAUGGAGAGUUAGCAGAUUUCUGUCCCCAGCCUGAGCAAGACUUGAAGUCAAGAUACCCCACCUUUGAGAUCAAUAUAAAGAGUACUCCUAGACAGUUGUCCACAGCUUGCUCUGUGCCUUCUCUGCAAACCUCUGACCCGCUGCUGGGCCCCAUGCAGAGACACAGUGUGGUGGUCAGCCAGCCCAACAAAGAGAGCUCGUGCCAGGGCCUUUACAACUCGCUGGGCCGGAAGGGAGUCAGCACAAACACUCAGCCUUACAACAGGUCCCAGUCAUCUUCCUCCAUCUUGAUCAACAAGUCUGUGGACUCCAUUAACUACCCUGGUGAAGUGGGAAAGAAACAGCUGUUCUCUCUACACGCCAGCUCCAGGUGUGAGAGCCACCAGGACUUGCUGCCAGGUGUCACUGACCUGUGUCAACAGGGCUCUGAAAAAUGCUCAGACCUCACCCUCCAAGACUCACAGAAGGUUCUGGUGGUCAAUAGAAGUGUCCCCUUAAAUGUCCAAAUAGCUACACAGAACUAUUUUUCCAAUUUCAAAGAGACUGACGGAGAUGAAGAAGACUAUGUGGAAAUCAAGUCAGAAGAGGAGGAGCCAGAGUUAGAGCUCUCCCACAGCUGUGGAAAGAAAUCUGACCCAAAGAUUAUGGAGGCGAACAGUCCACGCACCCCAAAAAAGGCAAUCGGUGGCAAACUUGGACUUCCGCCUUACCUGACCCCGUACAACGACUCUGACAAACUGAACGAUUAUCUCUGGAGGGGUCCCUCUCCCAAUCAGCAGAAUAUUGUCCAGUCUCUAAGGGAGAAGUUUCAGUGUCUCAGUUCAAGCAGCUUUGCCUAGGGUUCCUCACAGUAGCUGCCUGAAUUGACUUCUUAGCAUGCUUGCAAUGACAAAGACCAGUGAGGUGUUUUCUGUGAGCCAGAUGAAAACCCUUUCGUAAAAACCAGAGGUGUAAACUAUACUUUGUUUUACAGCACGGCUCCUUGAGAGGCUGGCCAUGCGGCCAGGAUCGUACUGUAGCAAAGUCAGCACGGAAACUGCAGGUUUCCUGACGCUGGCUUCUUGUUCACGUCAGUCAGUCUUACUUGAAAAUGUUUAGGCCUUUUUUAAAACAUGAUGGAGGCAAUAUUUUCUCCCAUAUCCUGACAACAGUGCCCAGGCCUUAUGGAAUGCAAUAAUCUCUCCUGUGGUCUAGGGCCAUGAGUAGUUUUGUCCGAGUACCCAAAGGGCCUUUUCGCCCAUGCUCAUGUCUUGAAAAGGAAAAGGGAAGCUGUCUGAAGGAUUAUGCUUCUGACAUGUUCAUUCCCCAUGAUCCUAGAGUCAGUUCAGCCAAUUGGAGUGUUGCCUCCAGGGCCCGUGUGGGGAUUCUCUGCUGGUGUUCCUGCACCCCUUCAUUACAACACAGAAACUGCAACCCUUAGAAAUAGAAUGUAGCAGGACCAAUUUUCUCUAAAAUCCUUACCUGUAUUCCUGGACCAGACCUGGAGAAUGUGCUGCUCAUUGUGUUCAUUUUCUGAUUUCUGGAAUAAUGUAAAUGAUUCCCCUAAUGGUUUAAAGAAAACCAAGUGCAAGGAUAGGCAACUUGACUUAACCGAUAAAAAAGAUGGGCUGACCCUGGGCAUGUGACUGUCUCCUGUGUGACCCCUGAAGUGGGAGCAGGAAUGCCGUCCCAUGUUUUGUGUGCCGUGUCUGAUCAGCACAAAGCAAACCACAAGCUAAGUUAAAACAGAGCACUUUUCCUGUAUUUUUCCUGUUUUUCAUGUUUCUCCUAUGUAUUUUAUUAAGUUUAGUACUCAGCCCUAUGACCCAGUUCCAGCUUGAAAGUUUGGUUGGCCGCACUGAAAUUUCUAAACCAGGUAGAGCAUGGAGGCCUCUUACUGUGUUGAGGCACAAGAAAGGACACAGUCUUGGGUUACUAAGCUCUGACCCAGAGCACCUCACUUUUUUGUUACAAUUAAGUUCUUUUCAGAGAGGCUCAUUGUGAUAUUAUGUACUAAUAGGACUUUUUGGAAGAAAACUGGAGAAAGCAAGACCUUGUGAAUAGAGAGCAAAAUCAAAGAAGCUAAAGAGGAAAAUGAUGGCCAUGUGUGUUGCCACUUUCUGAAAGACUAUUUUAUUGAAGACUCCAGUCAAUGCAACAAAAUGUUUGCUCAAACAGUGGCCAGUGUGUUCUCCUUGUCAACCACUUUACAUUCUGUGAUCCCUGCUCUACCCUCUCCGUUUUCAUUUUUGAAAGUUAUAACAUGUGUAGAGAAAGGGGAUCUGGCCUUUCAUUUCAAGGUAAGCAGUGAGACUGAUUUGAAUCAAUGACUCCUUAUAAUUCUUUCCCCCUUUUAAGUCCUGUGCCUCUUAACUGCUAAACACGAAAUGAGGCCAUCCUUUUACAGAGGCGUUUUGCUUUUCAAAGAACAAAAAAUAAUCCAAGUUUCUUGCAUCUCCAUCCCAUCCUUUCUUCUUGUAGCUUGUAAAACAACAUCCAUGUUGGAUAGCAGGAUUCUGGAAACAUUUCUUUCAUUGCCUUUGUUUGCACAUAAUGUGACUUUGUAAGAUGAAGCAGUAUCAGAAAAGAGAUACACUGCGAGAAAUGAUAUUCUUGACUUAAAGGUAUCUGUACGUGCAUUUGUAAAACUUACAAGACUCUUCUUGUCCCAGGAAAGCAGUGUCCUAUUUUUGCUUUUCAGUUUGUAUGACAUAAAUUCUAUAGUCUCUAUAUUGCUGUUGUUCUUCUUUGCAGAAGUUAUUCAUUCUUCACACCAGUGUCUUAUUACAUAACUUUGAUAUCUCCUACAUUGCCCCCCACCCCGCAGCUGCACGAGGUGAAUAUUUUGCUGUCUUCAAUGUCUGUGUUUUGUCUUUAGGUUCUAGAACAAAUCUGUAGUUUUAUAAAUCACUUCUGUUUGCCAGGUUGAAGAUUUUGAGAGCUGUGUGUAUAUGUAUAAAAUCAUGUUCAUAGACUCCCUCAAAAUUAUCAAUGAAGUGCUUUUGUUUAAACAUUUUCUUCUGGAGGUGGGGUAGGGUUGUAUAUAAUUGGGGGGAAGUUAUAUGUACUUAAAAGUAUGGCAAGUUCUUAUUAGGUCUCUGUAUUAAAUGUUCAGUUUUUUUUAUAAGUUCACUUUUCACCUACUCUAUUCUUUGUGCAAAAUACCUAGAAAACAUAGUUUAAAUAAUGUAUAUAAGAUAAUGAAAGUUAGUAAUGCUCAUUAUUUAAUAAAGUUUGUAAAGGACAAAGC